AUGGAAAGAAUCAACAAUGUGACUAUAUUUGUAUUCUGGGGUCUUUCUCAGAACAGAGAGGUAGAAGAAGUAUGUUUCCUAGUGUUUUCUUUGUUCUACACAGUCAUUCUUUUUGGGAACCUUCUCAUCAUGCUGACAGUUUGUGUGGGCAACCUUUACAAUUCUCCUAUGUAUUUCUUUCUCAACUAUUUGUCAUUUGUGGAUAUUUGCUACUCUUCUGUCACAGCUCCUAAGAUGAUUGCUGACCUGUUAUCCAAGAGAAAAACUAUUUCUUAUGUGGGGUGCAUGUUGCAACUCUUUGGGGUCCAUUUCUUUGGUUGUACGGAGAUCUUCAUCCUCACUGUAAUGGCCUAUGAUCGUUACGUGGCAAUCUGUAAGCCCCUGCACUAUAUGACCAUCAUGGACCGGGAGAGAUGCAAUAAAAUGCUGCUGGGAACCUGGGUAGGAGGUUUUAUACACUCUAUUAUCCAAGUGGCUCUGGUGGUUCAGUUGCCUUUUUGUGGACCCAAUGAGAUUGAUCACUAUUUUUGUGAUGUUCACCCGGUGCUAAAACUUGCAUGUACUGACACAUAUGUUGUUGGCGUUGUUGUCACAGCCAACAGUGGCACCAUUGCUCUCGGGAGCUUUGUGAUCUUGCUCUUCUCCUAUACCGUCAUCCUGUUCUCUCUGAGAAAGCAAUCGGCAGAAGGCAGACGCAAAGCCCUCUCCACCUGUGGUUCCCACAUCGCUGUGGUCAUCAUCUUUUUUGGUCCCUGCACUUUCAUGUAUAUGCGCCCUGAUAUCACAUUUUCAGAGGAUAAGAUGGUGGCUGUUUUUUACACUAUUGUCACACCCAUGCUAAAUCCUCUCAUUUAUACACUGAGGAAUGCGGAAGUAAAGAAUGCAAUGAGGAAACUUUGGAACAGGAAGGUUUUUUGGGAUGCUAAUGGUAAGUAG